AUAAGACACCCACUUCGCUUCCGCUGAACGCUGGCAGGGCCUCCCAGAGCCUCGCCGCUGCGGAACAGAUUUUGUGGGUUCCGACACCACGCAACAAUUUGCGUUCGUUGAAGCGUCUUUUGCUUCUAUACCUCUUUUAGGAGGUUGGUUUUUGUGGGAUUUCAAUUCAUCAUUCGCAGGUGUGGCUGGUGACAAUGACUUCAGCUUUGAUGACCGGAGCUGCGGCGUCUAUGACUUUGUCGCUGUCGCUACGAGGCUCCCCAUUCACGGAAUUCAAUGGCUUGGCUGCUGCCGCCCCCUCGAUUAGAUCCCCAAUGCUGCCAUCCUCGCGCCCAUCUUUCAUGCGUGAGCCAUUGAAGAUUGAAGCCCUGAAGGAUCAAACCCGGAGAGAGUCUGUGAAAUCUCGUCACAGGCGUUUGAGAAAGAAGCUGAGUGGUACAACUGAAAGACCUCGAUUGGCUGUCUUCCGCACUAACCAAGAUUUGUACGCCCAAGUCAUUGACGACACCAAGCAGCAUACCCUGGCCACUGCAUCCACGCUUACGAAAGAAAUUCGUGAAGCCAUCGAGGAUACCGCAGGCCCAACCAUUGAAUCGGCUAAGAAAGUUGGGGAGGCUAUUGGCAGGCUGUGCCUAGAGAGAGGCAUCACCAAGGUGGCUUUUGACAGGGGCGGUUUUGUUUACCACGGUCGCAUUAAGGCGUUGGCAGAUGCUGCUCGUGAAGCCGGUCUAAAUUUUUAGAGGGGCAGUCUAAAUAGAUAGGGACCAACGUUUUGAGGGGGACAACGAUCGUCUUUUCCACAGUUCAGGUUCAUUUGCUUCAAACAUGGACAUUUUGAUUCAAUUUUCAAUGCGGCUUUUGUGUUUGUAAAUAGAGCUCUCAAAGAAUUGUCUAGUCCUACAGCUUCUUUCCUUUUCCGUUGUUCUCUUGCAACUGCAUCUGAUUCAUUAACGCUUAUCCUUAUUGUCCUCCUGUGAUUUUCUUUGAAGUUGAGAGAAUCACUUGCUACACAAUUCCUCCUGUGUAGAUAGAUCAGCACUCGUUAUGGCAACACCUUCUCUCACUCAGAUGUUCCACUAAACUCAUACAAUGCUGGACAAUGCUUAACCCAGUCGUAAUUCUGAAAACGUGCUUUGAGACUUAGAAACUCCAGACUGUCGAUCUACUACGAUCGAACUGAAGGCCGAAGAGUGCAAGCUUGUUGCAACUUUGCAGUCAGGGAAAGGAACCGAGUAACUGCUUGUUGGAUCAAAUGGUCUUAUCAUACUUGGAAGAAUUGAAGGUAUGAAUCAGCUCCCUUGCAGCACAUGUGUGAGGUGUGACAAAAGCCAUUCUUUACCGCAAUAAAAAUGCAUCAUUCGGCAUCUGGUCUUUCCAGUUUUAAGAUA